AUGUUGAUGAGAUACUCGGUUCAGGGUAAAGAAACAAUGCAGUCGGCUGCCGAAUACGUCGAAAAUCUGGUGAAGAACAACAAAGUUGUAGUUUUCACACGAGCAACUUGCCCUUUUUGUAAGAAAGCGCUGGCAUUGCUGAAUUCCUAUCAUCUGCCCGCCGGUGACAUCAAGAAUGUGGAAGUACCUAAAAUCUCAGAUUCCGAAGCCGUUAUGACCUAUAUACUUGAAAAGACUGGUGCUCGAUCGGUAAUUAACGGCAAAUUUAUCGCGUUUAAUUGCAUAUUUUUUGAUUUCUCAUGAUU